AUGGCAGCAACAACAACAGCCACCACCACCCUCCCCGAACUCACCCUCAUCGUCGCGGCCACGCAGCAAAUGGGCAUCGGCCGCAACGGCGCCCUCCCCUGGACCGGCCUGCGCCGGGAAAUGGCCUACUUUGCGCGCGUCACCAAGCGCGUGCCCUCUACUACUACCACCACCACCACCACCACCCCUACUACUACUACCACCCCCCCACCAACCGUAUCCACACCCACGCCCACACCCACGCCGACAACAACGCAGGGCACAACCCAACCCCAACAUCAACCCCAACCCCAGACCGAAAUCCAAAACGCCGUCGUCAUGGGCCGCCGCACAUGGGAGAGCAUUCCCCCCUCGCUUCCGCCCGCUGCCGGGGCGGCGCAACGUGGUGGUCUCGCGCUCGCUGCCGAGCGUGCCACCGCCGGCGGAGGGGGUGCUAGUUGUACGGGGGCUGGAGGAGGCUUUGCGGGCUGUUUCUUCUUCUUCUGUUUUCUUCUGGGGGUUGGUUCUGCUUCUGGUGCGGGGGGUGAUGGGGGGGGUUGGGGCUGUGGCUGCGUCGGGGAAGGUGUUUGUCAUCGGCGGGGCGCAGAUCUAUCGCGCGGCGUUGGAGAUGCGGGAGGCGAGGCGGGUGUUGCUGACGAGGGUGCGCACGGCGUUUGA